AAUUCUCUCGGCGGGGCGGGCCUGUGGAGGAGCAAGAUGGCGGCGGCCGGCAGAGUGUGGGGGAGGAUCGGGGCUGUGUCAGGGGCCCUGGCUGUCAGCCUGGGGGCCUAUGGAGCUCAUGGAUUCAGACGCAGCGACCGCGAUGAGUACCUGAAAGAGCUGUUUGCAACUGGGAACCAGUACCACUUCCUGCACAGCCUGGCCCUAUUGGCUGUGCCCCACUGCAGGCGCCCUCUGCUGGCGGGAUCUCUGCUGACAUCGGGGAUGGUUCUGUUCAGUGGGACGUUCUAUUACCACGCCUUGACCGGGGACUCCACUCUUACCAAGGCGGCACCUUUGGGAGGCACUCUUCUCAUACUGGGCUGGGCGGCCAUGGCCCUCUAAUGUCUGACCGAUCCUUCUGCCCACCUCGGACCUCGUAUAUUAUCCCGCUACAAAUUCCAAAUCAAAUGUUUAUAUUCUGUAUAUGAUGUGAAAUUUUUAUAAUAAAUCUAUGUAUCUUAA